GGCGCCGGGGCAUGCCGCCCCCCGAGCCGCAGAGGAGACAGCCUGCGCGCAGCCAGCAGCUGCUCCUCCGGGGCUCCGAGGGCGGCGGCGCCGCGCGCGCCGCUCCCGCGGGCGAGGCGGACGGCGCCGCGGAGCAAGCGGUCCCGGUGAUGCGGGUGCAGCUCGCGCCUGAGAUACCGCCUUAUUUCCUGCCCGAAGAUUUCGCCGAGUUCCGCGCGCGAUCGUCCGCGCACAGCUCCAUGGAGGCGGCCGUGCUCAUGUCGCUGCUGCCCCACGAGAGGCGUCCUGGGGUGCCCGCGGCGCCCGCGCCCGCUGCCGCAGCCUUCGCUUGACCGCCAGUGUCAGCCUCGUUGCCGACCCCGCUGCUGCACCGCUGUCGGUGAUGGUAUGGUCGCGCCCGUCUCUGUGGCGGCCCGGCGACUGGUUGCCGCCGCCGACGCCGACGCCGCCACUGCGCCUCGCUGCCGGCGCUGACAUGGCCGCCGCAGCCGCUACACCGCCGCCGAGCUGGGGUUUCCACUACAUCCG